AUGCGCCCGGCGGCUUGUCGUCCAAUGCUCAGCCUGGGAAAUCAAUUUGUUUGUGCCGCGUGUCGACGAGCAGGAUAUGAUGUGCUUCGUCAACCGGGCUUCCGCCCACUGCACGCAUCGCCAAUUUUCCAACGCCCGCGUCGCCGGGAGUUCUUCUCCUCCAAUACGUCGUUGAUGAGCCAGUCAGCGCAGAAAAGAGAUGGACAGAGAGAAGGGGACUCGGUCGAUUCUGUCGUCGAAGCAGCAACCACUUCACCUGCCCAAAAGCGAAAGACGGCACGUUCGCCCGGCACGAAGACGUCUCUGCGAAGAGUUGGAUUGGAGGCUCAGAGGUCAAAGGCUGGCCUGACAAAACCAAGCGUGAGACUACAUGAAGAGGCGGAACAGACACCAAAACUGGUGACGGCGUAUGCUGUUGCAGAACAAUUUGACUUGGCCAAGGUCGUCGAGAUCCUUCGCAACAAAGGCUAUGAGCCCGAUCCGCUGGGCACCGGCCUAUUUCCACAAGUCGUCCAUGUACAGAUCCCCAUCUCAUCGAUCUACCGUUCCACCAAUCCUUCCGCCAGAGACCUUUCGUCGACGGAAGUCGGGGAUGUUUUCGUCUUCCCGUCGGGCACGGUGGUAACGUGGGCUUUACCGGACGGGUUCACUUCAUACUUCGCAACACGCACUCUUCUCUCCGCUGCAGACAAUCCUCAUAAGGAGCCUAUUGAGACCGAGGAUCUAGACUACAUUGAAGAUCCCAACCGCGAGCACAGCCUCAUCCGGGGCGACACCAUCAUCCUGGGAACCAAAAAGUCAGAAUAUCAGGAACCGACUACCAGCGCGGACCAUCAACAGAUUGAAUCGCAUUUCCAGACUGUUGAUACAGUACUGACCAAGAUCGCCUUCUCCUCCGGGUUUGCGCGCUCCACCAAGCUGGCCGUCCUCGAGACGAACCUCUCCACUUAUCUCGCCUCUACGGCGGACAUCCCGGCCCUUUUAGCAAAGGGUUCCCGGCUCCCGUUCAAGCUCUCCCGCGACUUUAUCUCCCGCAAAACAGGCCAACUCCUCCUCCUGCGCGCGCAACUGAACCUCUACUCCGAACUCACCGACUCCCUUCCCGACCUCUUCUGGGAUUCCCGGCAUGAACUCAACUUGGAAAAUUACUAUGAUCAAGUUGGCCGGGCGUUGGAUGUGGGAAUCAGGAUCAAAGUGUUGAACGAGAAGAUGGACUAUGCCGCAGAGAUUGCGACCGUGCUGAGGGAAAGACUGAGUGAAAAGCAUGGGUUGUUCUUGGAGUGGACCAUCAUCGUGCUGAUCGCGAUCGAGGUGGGAUUCGAGGUUUUGAGAUUGUGGAAGGAAGGCUUUUGGGAGGAGGUCUGGGAGAAUGGCGCUGUGCCUGGGAAGAAAGUGAAGAGCCUAGUAGACUGA